CAAAUUGCUCUAAGAAACAUAGAUAUUCAUAAGCUUUUCUCUUCCAUUUUCUGUCACUUCUCAUUCUCUCUCUUUUGGAUCAAUACAAUCACUUUGUCCAUGGCUGGCCUUCAACAAUACAACUUCUUCCCCACUGAUCUCUUGUACCCUCGUCCACAACCACAACAAGCUUCUCCUAAACCCACUGUUCUUCCUCUCCAGAACCCUAAUCCUCAAGAUCACACUCAACAACAACAACAACAACCUAGGACCAAUCUCACCCCUUCUUCUACUUCUGCUCUUGUUUACACUCAAAACAACCAAUCUCUUGUUGCUGUUCACAACAACGUCUCCAAAUUCGCCUCAGACCCUCUUUCUUGGCUGCUUUGGAUGACUGAAGAAGAUCAACAACAAAAUGCCUCUGACUCUUCUUGAAUUCUUCUACAAUUCACUUCAUCACCAUCAGCAAGGCGAAUCUGGCUGCAUGUAUCACACCACAUCAUUCUACUCAUCACUUGUUGAUGUAUCUUACACCGAAUGAAUCAUGCUGCAUCUUUUUUUUCCACUCAGUUUAAGGAAAAGAGGAAGGAAACUGAAUGAUCUUUUCAUGUCUCUGUUAGGAAACUGUAAAACCAUCAUUGAAUGGACUAAUCCCUCUUUUCUGUUAAGCUUUUAGUUUUUACCCUUUGAUCAAUUCUCUGCUCCAGAGAUCAUUUGAGUCAGUUUACACACUGAAUGGUUCUUCUUAUACUUAUGAAAAUCAAUAAAAGUUUAUCAAGCUUGUUUUAU